UUUGUGACGUUGACAGCAAACUCGGAAGCAACGCUGUAAACAGGGAGAGAAACAAUCUUUUUCCCCCUUCAGAAUAGAUAUUUGUGUGUAGCCAUGUAAACGUAAUUAUUGUUAAAAGACUUAACGCAUUUAAGGUACAUACUUUCAGUGGUCUACAGGUAGAAUAAUUUAAUUUAUAUUACAGUCUACGCAGAAUGGCCAAUAAAUCCAACAACCUACAGAAAGCCAUUGACCUGGCAAGCAAGGCAUCAGAGGAGGACAAGGCAAAAAACUAUGAGGAAGCCCUGCGUUUGUACCAACAAUCAAUACAGUACUUUCUCCACGUGGUGAAAUAUGAGGCUCAGGGAGAGAAAGCCAAGCAGAGCAUCCGGGCCAAGUGCAAGGAUUACCUGGAACGCGCAGAGGAACUGAAAGGACACCUGAACAAGAAAGAAAAAGACCCUCCGUCCAAACCUGUGAAAGAGUCAGACAACAAAGGAACUGACAGUGAUGGGGAGGACCAAGAGAAAAAGAAGUUCCAAAAUCAGCUUCAAGGUGCAAUUGUCAUGGAGAAGCCAAAUAUAAAAUGGGACGAUGUGGCUGGUUUGGAGGGAGCUAAAGAGGCAUUGAAAGAAGCCGUCAUUCUCCCCAUCAAGUUUCCUCACCUAUUUACUGGGAAAAGGACUCCAUGGAGGGGUAUCCUGCUCUUCGGCCCUCCUGGAACAGGGAAGUCUUACCUGGCUAAGGCUGUGGCCACUGAGGCCAACAACUCCACCUUCUUCUCCAUCUCUUCCUCAGACCUGGUGUCCAAGUGGCUCGGAGAGAGUGAGAAAUUGGUGAAAAGCCUAUUCAGCAUGGCCCGUGAGCACAAGCCUUCCAUCAUCUUCAUCGAUGAGAUUGACUCUCUCUGUGGCUCAAGAAGCGAGAAUGAGAGUGAAGCUGCUCGUCGUAUUAAAACAGAGUUCCUGGUCCAGAUGCAAGGUGUUGGAAAUGACAAUGAUGGCAUUCUUGUUCUUGGAGCUACCAACAUCCCUUGGUCACUGGACUCUGCUAUUAGAAGAAGGUUUGAGAAACGCAUCUACAUCCCUUUGCCUGAAGCGCAUGCCCGCUCCAGUAUGUUUAAGCUAAAUUUGGGCACCACCCCCAAUGACCUGAAUGAAGAAGACUUUGUCACUCUUGGGCGUAAGACAGAGGGCUACUCUGGUGCCGAUAUCAGCAUCAUUGUUCGAGAUGCCCUCAUGCAGCCUGUCCGCAAGGUGCAGUCGGCCACUCACUUCAAACGGGUACGUGGAAACCAGUGGAACAAACCAGAUGUGGUGGUUGAUGAUCUGUUGACCCCAUGCUCUCCUAGUGACCCCAAUGGCAUAGAGAUGACCUGGAUGGACGUAUCAGGGAAUGAACUUUUGGAACCUGUUGUUAACAUGAAGGACAUGCUAAAGUCACUUGAGAGGACCAAGCCCACUGUGAAUGAGGAUGACUUGGUGAAGCUUAAGAAGUUCACAGAAGACUUUGGUCAGGAAGGCUAAUUACCGGCAGAGGAUAUGACACCAAAGCAAUACUUGUGUGACUUACAUCCGUCUUAUCUUUGUCUUCUAUCAUUCCUUCAGUGUUUCCAUAUACAUCUGAAAGUGCCAAAGGCUGUUUCCUUGUUCUAUUGUAUAAACAAUGUUGGGAAGUAAAGUCAUUGUAGUGGGAUUAUGUAUUUAAAAUACAAGCAUGAGUAACUUGUUUAAAAUACAAGGAUGUUAUGAGUGACAUAAGUGUUUAUAUUUAGUUACAUUUUUAAACGGGUAUUCAGAAUGGUAACUUUAAUGUAGGCUUAGACUUUUCAAACCAUGUAUGCAUCUCAUUGGUGCCUCCUCUUUCUCUCUAGUUACACUGAUACCAUACAAAACCCCCUUUGGAGAAUGUAAAAUCAGUUUUGUUGCCAACCAAUGGGGCCCAUUUUAGACCAUUAUAGGUUCUGGUUCAAGGACAUGAGUUCCACAGACAAUAAAAUAUAAGACAAUUCUUAAUGUGACCUCCCCAACACUGUACCCAUAACACUGGCAGUUUACAUUUAAUUGUAUAGUCAUCUGUUACAUAGUUCAGUCUCUGUCAUGCACACACACACACACACACACACAAUAUAGUAGAAUCUUGAAUGACAUGGGGGUUUUUUUAUCUUCAAAUUUACACCUGUAUGUGCAUUUAAAUUAUCAUGAGAACUGAAAAUGUCAUCUUUUUUUUUUUUUUUGGAAAACAAGCAAUAUACAGUCAAUCACCAGGAAAUGGUUCUCCAUCACUUUCAUACAUGUAUUCAUUUUAUUGUAAUGUUAACUUUGAAUAAAAUGACAAUAAAUUAUUGACUUGAAAUCCAA